CCAUAUUGGAGAGUGCACACUCUGGAGUUGGUUUGCUUGAUCUCCACCCACUGCCGUGGAAAGGAAAUGAACAUUCGUGCUAGAACUGCCGGCUGAUUGGCAUAAUAGAGCAGCCCUCUCGCACGUCUUUUCCAAUCCCAACUCCCUCUGUUGCAGUGCAUUUUUAUCAGACGGAUUUUCCGAUUUCUGCUCAAUUUAAGCGAGUCAGCAAGCCUGUGAUACAGGAAAUCAAACCCAGAUUGAAUUUUUUACACAUCACGUGGCCGGCACUACAUCGCACAUAUACUCUCUUAUUUGGAGUGAAUUUGCAUGAGAAACAGCGGUCGUGACUUCAGCUGUUGGAAAGGGAGGCUUUUGUUUUAAAUUAAACAAUUUGUCGCCUUAAAGAGUCACAUAAGAAACUUUAUUUACAUAGCUCCGAUCGGGCAAAAAAUCUGCAUUCCAAGUCACGAGAGAGCUCCUCGUAUUUCUGGCAGCUAUUUUGUGAGCCAUAAUUUUUACGAGACUGUUCCAGCGGUGUUAAAAGAAUUGGCUCGAAAAUUGGAUGUUUUAUUCCCGUCGUAAUAUCGGCUAUUUGAAUUGCUCAAUUCUCAUCUUGCGGAGACUGUUGACUGGAAUAAUCAAUGAACCAUAAACUCUCGAACACGCCUUGAGAGCUAUUAUCUCCCCUGCAUUGUUUGUGAUACUCCGAACUCCUCUCCAGCAAUUGAUCCAUUUUAUUUUUAGCGUUACAGGAACACUCCCACACAGACAAAACCCAAAUUGAAUUCUGCGGUGGUAGCCAAAUUUAAUCUCGAUUCCAAUUGCAGAAGCGGCGAUGUCUCCGCCACGAGCUGUUUCCUCGGCGCGUCCCUCCCUUACUGCCGAGGCUUCCGCCCCCGUCCGGAAGCCGCUGCUCCGGAGGCAGCGUUCAGCCGACGACGACCGCCCGAUCAACCAGCUGCUGCACUCGGCUCUGAAGGUGACCGCCAGUGCUUUGGGACCAGGCAUCCUCGCCGACCAGCCGCCCCCGACGCCGCCCAAGCCGAAAGGUGGUCCACUACGCCCAGUGAGAGUAGCGUGGGCCGAGUUACGCGGAAGGGAGCCGCAGCAGAGCCCCAAAAGCCCCACCUGUCUGCCUGCCCUCGCCAGGGCCAAUUUGGACAUUUUCCUGGCCCACUCCGGUCUCGCCCAGUGCCUCGCAAACAUCGACCUGGGCCGAGAGUCACCCAAGAGCGAGCCGAUGAAGUCCAGUCCGAGAGAAGCACCGAUCAAGGCCGCCCUGACUCCCAUCCCAAGGACUCCGACCCUGGCGGUAGCCAGCUCGAGGAGAGUCAACUUCAAAAGCUCAAGCAGGAAUGUGAAUAGGAGCUUCAACGAGUCGCCUGAGCCGCAAAAACUGGCGUUGCCCGUGGAACCAAAAAGUGGAAGGAUUUUGUCUGCACCUGCCCACAGGACCGCACCCAUUCUGACACCACCGAGACCUAUGCUGAGAUCUCUCCCCCGACGUAGUCCUCUCAAUUCCUCAUUUGAAAGUGAAACUUCAACUGACACCAGGGUCAAAUCUGCAAAUUCACGGAGGCGGCUUAAAUCUGCAGGUCGCAGCGGCGGGCGGCGCAGCACUCGCAAAGGCGAUGACACGUCCGACGACGACGCGUGCGAGGAGUCCCCAGGGGCGUCGGUGCCCCCGAGACCAGCCACACUGGGAGUGAACACCGGCCCUAAAGUCAGCAGACGCGGUCUCCACGUGGGCGCCGAGAUCGUGACGAUGGUGUCGCUCAUUAGCCCGGCCAACAGCAGCGACUCUGACAGCGAGACGGCGCCCGGCGUCCACCAGGUAGUGCCGGUGCCCAGCGCUCCGCAGGUCACCCCCGCGUGGCAGGAUGAAAAGGCGGUUGCGGCUGACGGGGACAAGGCUAGGAACCCUCCGCUGGCCAUCGUGUGCGCUCGCAAAAUCAACAAAUCAGUCUCGUUCCAGUCGCGAAGCAGUUUACCUGAACUCCUAAGGCGAGCGUCGAUUCAGCUGACGAUGCCGGCAAAAACUGGAAAGGAGCAAGAGGACGAUGCCGCCCGCGUAAAUGAGUGCGCGGAAGCUGAAGUGGAUGAAAAGACGCCGAUCGCCGCAGAAAACAAGGAAGCCGCGAAAGUGGAGAAAUUGCCGCAGCCGCCAGCAGCAGCAGCCGGAAUAAUGAAAACUCCAGCAUCAAAGCGAAAAUUAGCUCGGGCGAAACCUCUCUCACGGCAAAAUUCCAAAAACGAUAUAGAGAACAGAACUCCAAAACAGAAUUCUGGCGAUAGCGCCGCGACUAGUGUGGAAAGGGUCAUCAUAAAAGAGCCGGACAAACAGAGCCAAGUCAAUACAAUGCCAAAUCCACCGGCUCCAAUGUCAAUCUUGAAACCCCCUAGAGCGCCGCUGGCCAGCGCUGAGGAAAUGGAUCUUUCCACAAUCGAAGGCAACCCGAAAUUUGAGAGUCCCAAGGAGCAAGAGUGCUGGCACUUAUAUCGCAAAAUGUGCGAAAAAGGACUCACAGUUUCUUUCGAUACCGUCCUCAGGGGAAUGCUCACGCCGACAGAAUACAGGCUCAGGAAAGGUGCGCUCCUUUCGUCUUGUUAACUUGUAAGUUUAUGUUUGCACUUUGAGGGUAGCGAGAUUAUAUAUUUUGGUUGGUGAAAAAAUGAAAUUCCCUGUUUGGCCAUUAUUCCACGUUUAUUUCAGCAAUCUGGAAUGCUUAAAUAAAAUACAGGAUAUUCCGAGCAAACAGUGAUUUUUACUGUUUUCCUUUGAUUCUUACACACUUUGCAAAUUUGUUACCAUACCAAGAUAUUGUUAAUCUUCCGUGAUUGAUCCAAGAAAGCUCUUACGAAGGUAUGCCACUUGACUUUGAGAUAAUCACGAACAACACUGUUCUGUAGAAAAUAUCAAAAUUUAUUGGCAGAUAGAUCUUCUAGCGCAUAUAAGUACAAAAGUUAAAAAAUAGUGUUGAUAUCAAUGAUCGAUGGUUGCUGAUGUGUGAAAUUCAGAGUCCCUCAUUUGUCAUGAAGUUUCCAUUGUCACAACAGGUACAACAGACAUUUCAUUACACUCUUGGGCUGGUGACUGGCGAAUUUAGUUGUCGUCGUCGUCAUCGUCGUCGUCGUCAUCAUCAUCGUCAUCAUCGUCGUCGUCAUCAUCGUCGUCGUCGUCGUCAUCAUCGUCGUCGUCGUCGUCGUCAUCGUCAUCAUCGUCGUCAUCGUCGUCAUCAUCGUCAUCAUCGUC